AAUAAAUUGUAAGCGUUUAGUGAAACGCUUAUUAUUCACACUUUUAAUUGAGUAAAUGAUCUAAUUUUGGCAACAAAUAAGUGUUUAGUGCGAGCGGUUGUGUGGAUGUGUGGGCACAAGUGUGGGCGCGCUCUCCAUAACAAUACUGUCGGCAAUCAAUUAAUGUUUAUUGCAGACAUAGAUAUCGUAUUGAGAGUUAGUGUUAAGUGUGUAAAGCUCUUGUGGUCUGUAUUGAAAGCAUUCAUAGCUAUGUUAGCGAUGAGACCCUCGACACCCUCGGAGGCGGUGGUCACGACUAAGAGUCCAUUGCAGGCAUUCUCUGCGUACGGACAGUACGGACGACAGCAACUGUUGACCACAACUCUGUUUGGCAUUUAUAAAAGACAAAUACAAACUCAUGAGAUCUAUGAGAUGAAGACAGGACUUAGGCAUCGAUUCUAUACACUAUUCUCGACACAAAUGAAAGAAAAGAUUGAUUUAUAUUUGAUUGGCUCGUCGUUGACUGGCUUUGGCAGCAAUACAAGUGAUACCGACUUCUGUCUCAUUAUCUAUGACUCGAAUGAAGAGAUCGACAAGAAAUACGACAAUAAAGAUCAAGUUCUCACAAAACUGGAAGAAUUGAAG